CUGCAUCCGAAAACGAAGAGUCAUCGUGGUGACGAACAGCCCAGCCCUCCACUACCUCUUCUGGCGCUCAUCGUUCGAGCUCAUGAUGCUUACAAGACAACUCCAACGCCUGUCAGAUAUGCCACUAUGACGUCCGAACACGUGGUGAACCUUCUUGAAAAGGAAUAUCACGCCAUCCAGCUAUUCGUCUCCAGUAUGCCACACAUCGACGAACUUGCUGAAACUGACAUUCCAAAGCUGCUUUCACGAACUGUGUUCGCUAUAAUGGCUGUUAGGCAUUGUUAUCGUAUGUCUGAGGCAGAAGUGGUGUUCGAAUGUGGUUCACGCAUACCGUUGCCCAGCUUACCAUCUCCGUUCGUCGCCUUCUUCCGACGAGUGGCUGAGAAAGCGCCAGGUUUCAAGACCGUCGUCGACUGGGAGCCACAGUCCUACUGUGCUCUGCAAGCGAUGCAGUUCUUCUCCGGCAACACAGGCGCUGCAAUGAUUGAAUGCUGUCUCGUUCAUCAUAUAAGUCUACCUCCACAUCUCAUACGCACCACUGAGGUCCCGAGGACACCGCUCCGGAGCGCUGACACAGUCCAACCACAACAGCCAUUGCUUCAUCAGAGCACAUCACAUUUUGCGCCUCUUACACACGCCUAUUGA